AUGGUGCUUGCUCAGGUUGCUGGCCUUGCGGCCUCUCUCGGUUUUCUGGGAUCUCACUCUCUAAGUAGCCCCGAUUCGGUACUACAAACAGGCUCCCUAGUCUCGCCAAAGCCGCCGAAUUUCCUAUUCAUACUCACAGACGACCAAGACCUUCAACUGGAGUCAAUGUCCUACAUGCCUUUAGUGAAGCAGCAUCUCGGCGACAAGGGAACCUCAUUCCUGAAUCAUUUUGUCACCACGGCAAUAUGUUGUCCCUCUCGUGUCAGCUUAUGGACCGGCCGCCACGCACAUAAUACAAACGUUACCGACGUGAAUCCGCCUUAUGGAGGUUAUCCCAAAUUUGUGGACCGAGGGUUCAACGACAACUUUUUGCCGGUUUGGCUUCAACAGGCAGGCUACGACACUUAUUACACAGGCAAACUCUUCAAUUCACACACGGUGGAGAACUAUCAUAGCCCGUAUGUGAACGGCUUCAACGGAUCCGACUUUCUGUUGGAUCCGUACACUUAUUCCUAUCUGAAUUCUACGUAUCAACGACAACGGGAGGCCCCUGUGAGCUACGAAGGACGGCAUACGACAGACGUCAUCAAAGAGAAAGCGCUGGGCUUCCUUGACGAUGCGCUGAAUGGUGAUCGUCCGUUUUUUGUCACAGUCGCUCCUAUUGCACCUCACUCGAAUCUCGACCCCCAGAAUCUACGAAGCGGCAAGGUGGUCAUGACUGCCCCUGUUCCUCUAGAUCGCCACAAGCAUCUUUUUGAAGGUACUCAGGUGCCUCGAACCCCCAAUUUCAACCCUGAUACACCCAGUGGCGUCGGUUGGGUACGCAAUCUCGAUCGACAAAAUCAAACAGAAAUUGACUAUGAUGACGAGUUCUACCGUGCGCGCCUACGUGCUCUGCAGGGCGUUGAUGAGCUCGUGGACUCUCUAGUCGCCCGACUAGAGAAAAGUGAAAAGCUGGACGACACCUACAUUAUUUAUACGUCAGACAAUGGAUUUCAUAUCGGCCAACAUCGUUUACCACCGGGAAAGACAUGUGGAUUCGAGGAGGAUAUUCGCGUACCAUUGAUCAUUCGAGGACCAGGAGUUCUCGAGGGAAAUAUCGAACAGGCAGUCACAACACAUAUUGAUUUUGCCCCAACCAUAUUCAAGUUAGCGGGCGUCACACCACGGGAAGACUUUGACGGCACGGCGAUCCCCGUCCUGUUUGAACAAGGGGAUGUUCGCCACGAACACGUCACGGUGGAAUUUUGGGGGACGGCGGUGAUAGAAGGCAUAUAUGGAGGCAUCGGUGAGUAUUAUAGAUCUCGUGGUGACCGAUUGACCCCACGAUGGCUGCCCACGCGAAUUCACGCGACUCAGAUUGAUGCUGAAGCUUUCACACUAGGCCCUGACGGCUCAGCCAGUAUUCCAAACAACACCUACAAGGCUAUUCGUGUGCUUUCUAAAGAUUACAACUUGUAUUACUCCGUUUGGUGUAGCAACGAGCACGAGCUCUAUGACCUAUCGACUGAUCCCUACCAGAUGAAAAAUUUAUAUCCGGCCAGGACACAGACUAAUGGGCCACGGAUUCUUGGGCGCAGCCUGGACCAGGUAGUCCGCCGCUUAGAUACUUUGCUUCUGCUCACCAAGUCCUGUCAAGGCAAAACAUGUAUCGAUCCUUGGAAGGUGCUUCAUGGCAAUGGGCAGGUGAAAACCCUUCGUGAUGCUAUGAGCGAAAGUUACGACCGGUUCUACGCCAAACAACCUUUAGUGUCGUUCUCCCGAUGUGAUCUUGGAUACGUGAUUGAUGGCGAGGGCCCACAAAGACCGCUUCUGACACGCCACGGGAUUGAAUGGGAUGCGUGGGUAACCGGAAGCGACUAUCAUCGCCUGAAGGGAGAUGCCCCGUUCGUACACAAAAUGAAAACGCCACUCUGUAUUUUUCUUGCGGCGCUAUCUGCUGUAUCGCAUGCACUUCCAGGGCUCGCGCAUGAGGCUGUUGAAGAACGUACAGUCUGUUCCGGUGCAUCUGCCCGGACAGUGCCUGCGAAACAUGCAGUAGUCGUCGACAACAGUGCGCGGCCGUUCCCCGGAUCUUAUAACACGGUCCAGGCAGGCGUCGACGCUCUUAGCAAGACGGCCAGUAUUCCACAAACGCUAUUUAUUUUCCCUGGUACAUACAACGAGCAAGUGUAUAUUCCACGCCUCGCCUCCAACCUUACAGUCCAGGGAUAUACAUGCAAUGCCAAGAGCUAUCAACAUAACACAGCGACUAUCACCUACAAUCUUGCGCUCAUCAACACGACCAGUGAUGAUCUGACAGCGACUUUGCGCCAAUGGAAUCCAAACACGAAGAUCUACAACCUGAAUGUUGUUAACACCUUCGGUCACAUUCCCAAGAACGGUCAAAAUCUCGCGGUGUCAGCGGAAACCGGUCAUCAGGGGUACUACGGCUGCCAGCUGAUAGGUUAUCAGGAUACUUUACUCGCUGAAACUGGUACUCAACUUUAUGCGAAGAGCCUGAUUGUGGGCGCUGUUGACUUUAUCUUUGGGCAAACGGCUUUGGCGUGGUUCGAGAACAUUGACAUUCGAACCAUCGCACCGGGGUGCAUCACAGCCUCCGGCCGCAGCAGCGCAGACAAUCCAUCCUGGUAUGUGAUCAGCCGCUCAACGAUCACGGGUAUCAACGAUACAAUUGCAGCUGGAACAAACUACUUGGGCCGACCGUGGCGCUCUUUCGCCCGCGUGGUUUUCCAAGAUUCCUACCUCGGCGAUAUCAUCGAUCCAUCGGGAUGGGAGCGAUGGUCCACGAGUACUCCUAACACCGAGGAUGUGACAUUUGCCGAAUUCAACAAUCGUGGACCUGGAUCUGUGAGAGAAGAAGGGCCUCGAGCCAACUUUAGUGAACAACUUUCCAGUCCCAUUCCUAUUCGGUCUAUUCUGGGCGAGAGAUUUGAAGACGAGUGGUGGGUAGACACCGAUUACCUUGAGCCCAGCGACCUGAAAACCACAAAGUCGAAACCAAGCGCUUCAACCUACUCAAGAACGACUGCAAAUUCUGAAUAUACAACAAUCACAACUUCCCUAGUCAUUUCAAGCCCCUUGACAACCGUAGCGGCAACCCUAUCGCCUACCGCUGCGCCUACGCCCUCAUCUUCACCCGCAUCAUCGAGCCCUUCCGCCUCAUCAAGUACCAACUGUACUUGCACUGAAUAUGCACAGAUCUCGGCGGCCGUGAAAUCCUGCACUGAAAUUGUUUUGUCAAACAUCGCCGUCCCCGAUGGAUCUGCCGUCGACCUCUCUGGACUUCGGGCAGGAUCGACUGUGAGAUUUGAUGGACUGACGACUUUUGGCUUUACCAACUCUUCCAGUUUCAACCCGAUAACUAUCAGUGGGUCCGGCAUUACAGUGACGGCAAACCCUGGAGCCAUCAUUGACGGUAAUGGGCAAGCUUACUGGGAUGGCCAGGGUUCAAACGGCGGUGUGCCCAAGCCCGACCAUUUUAUUGUGGUGAAGAAGGUGACUGGGAACUCGAUCAUUGAGAAAUUACAUAUUCAGAACUGGCCGGUCCAUCUCUUCACCAUUAGCAGUUGUUCGGACCUCGUCUUCCAGGACCUGGUACUGAAUAACACUGCCGGCGAUGCGCCAAACGCCAGAAGUGGAAGCCUGCCAGCAGCACACAAUUCGGAUGGCUUUGACGUCAGCAGUUCAAACAACAUUGUCAUCCGGCGCAGUGUUGUGUUCAAUCAAGAUGACUGUGUAGCCGUGACCAGUGGUAACAACAUGACGAUAUCCGAGCUGGAAUGCCAUGGCGGACACGGCCUUUCUAUUGGCUCAGUCGGGCUGAAAUCCAAUAAUAAUGUGACAAACAUCAAGUUUACUGACUCAUCCGUCCAUGAUUCUUCGAAUGGUUGUCGCAUCAAGACCAACUAUAACGCGACGGGAUACGUUGCUAACAUCACCUUUUCCGAUAUUUCGCUUCAUGGGAUUACUACUUAUGGAAUCGAUGUGCAACAAGACUACCUCAACGGUGGGCCGACCGGGAACCCGUCGAAUGGGGUGAUCAUUGAAAACCUCUUGUUCGAGAACGUGACCGGCACAGCCACCUCAGCUGCACAGGAUUACUAUGUCCUUUGUGGAGAGGGCUCGUGCUCUGAGCUUGUUUUUGAUGGUGUCUCGAUCGAGGGAGGAUCUGUGGCCAGCAGUUGCAACUUUCCUGUGACUGGAUGCCCGUCUUGA